CGGCUCACUCAUAAAUUCUAGAUAUGUGCUCACAGCUGCACAUUGCUUCACGGAAAGGAAAUGGAAACUGUCCAAGGUACGGUUGAGCGAAUGGAAUGUAAGAAAAAACCCAACUGUACUAUCGUAAACGAUGAAAAAGUAUGUCGACGAGAGUACAAUUAUGAAAGUAUUAUUAUUCAUCCAGAAUUUUACCGAAGAGGUAUAAAAAAAGAGCACGAUAUUGCUUUAAUUAGACUAGCAGAAGAACUUGAAUUCGGCACAUACGUUCGACCAGUUUGUCUCCCAAUGGAAGCUUCAGUCCAAGAGCUACCAGUGGAAAACGAAGAUUUCACUGUGAUGGGUUGGGGCGUAACCGAAACUGAAUAUUCAAGCGACAUGCUACUACAUGUUGAUUUGGUUGGUAGAAACAAUAAUGUGUGUAAUAAAGCUUAUUCUCCGAUUGGCAUUUCGUUAACCGACGCACAUCUUUGCAUGGGCGGUGAUAAGAAAAUAGAUAGUUGCAAAGGUGAUUCUGGUGGACCGCUGGUUAGAUUAGUGAAUACUCUGUGGUAUCAGGUCGGUAUUGUCAGUUUCGGACCAGAAAACUGUGGUACCAAAAACAUACCCGGUGUUUAUACAAACGUGACAAAAUACAUCGAUUGGAUAGUGCAGACUAUGCUUGAGUAUUAUCAAAUGGGCGAACCCACAACUGAGCAAAUACUUGAAUUUACAAAUUAGGAAAAUUUGUUCUCUAGCCUAACCGUGAUUAAAUUUCUGAAUAGAAUAAUACUGAAAAAUGUUUGUUUCUAAUAGUGUACUCUUGAAACGAAAUACUAAAUAUGAUGAUACUCAAGAUAAUCUAGCGGAAUCGAAGCGCUGCUUCCACAGAAAAACAGUUUUUUUUUUUUUAGAAAUAAAAAGUAGCUUAAGUAUU